AUGGCGAAGAGCGCGCGGGACUGCCUGCUGGAUUGCCUGGAGAACUUGGAGGAGGGCGAGUUGAGGAGGUUCAAGGCUAAGCUGAACGAGUUCCCCGUGCGCCCGGGCUACGCCAACAUCCCCCGAGGGCGGCUGCAGAAGGCGGAUGCGCUGGACCUCAAAGACCUGCUGGUCAGCUUCUACACCGAGGAGUACGCCGUGCAGCUGACCGCCGAGGUGCUGGAAGCCAUCAACUGCAAGGACCGCGCCGAGGAGCUCCUGGCCUCCACCGGGAACAGUAAGGAGCGGCUGGGGAGGGAGAGCGGCGCCCGAUCCUAAGGAUCGCCAAGGUGGGUCUGGAGGGGAGCGAAACUUUCGCCUGGUCCCGAGUUCGGCGGCUUUGCAGCUGCUGCUGCUGCUGCUGCAGCCAGAGGAUCUCCUCCGGAGGUGGGAAGAGGCGGUAGAGUAAAGCUGGUAGAGGUUCGUCGACACUCACUUAGAAAAACUGGGGAGUGGCCACUUCCACUUAAAAGCCUCGUCUCGCCUCAUAACUUGCCCUUUUCGCUUCUCUCCAUCUAGCUUUGUAACUACGUGAAGUCAAACAAGGAGAAUAAACUGCGAUGAGGGAGGAUUUCAAAAUGAAAUUGUAACUCUCUGAUCGCUCAUCUGCAGGACAAUUUUAUUUGCCUUGAAGUAGUUGAGAAUCACAUUACAGAGAACAUAAGAUAGAAAAUAAUAAAUAAAUAACGUCUUUUGUAAGCAAGGACGGUCAUGCACAAAGCUUGACUUAAAAUAUAUAUAUAUAUAUAUGCAUUCGGGGCUUUUUUUUCCUGCUUUCCUGGAAAUGCCUCCGUUCAGUUGCUUUCGCUUUCGUGUAUUUCAUAACGCCCUUUCCAUCUAUGGACUUUAGAAACUGCCUUGUUCUUCUUUUAACUCAUUCUUUAUUUACAUUCUGCCCCACGAGGGCUAAACUUUGUACUGCAACGAACUCCCGGACUUGCUCAGGUUUAAGUGAGCAAUUUCGCACCGCGAGACAUUUCAAGCUUAAAGCCAUGAUUUCAUUUCCCCAUUUGCUUUAGAAAUGCAAGGCUGCUUCUCAGCUCAUGCCAGAGAGGUUUCAGCAGCAAUAAAACGAAGAACCAAACUGCUGAUAGGCAGCUCUGAAAAAUAUGGAUUGAACUUUGCCAGUUUAUAUUUGUUGGCACAGGGUGGGGCACAAGCACCUCAGAGUCACAAAGAAAUAAGGGAACAGUUCCAUGGAAUAAUUCUGACAACAUGAAAAAACAUGCAUAGUUAGAGAAAGGAUGGAGAAAAUGUGCUCAGCUUCACUUCUUUAAAACAUUUUUAAAUGGAAAGCUAUUUAGGAUCUUUUUCUUUAAGGGAGCCCGAAUUUUCACCCAGGAUUUUAUGCCCCUUUGCACCCCUGUCCAAAAGAUUCUCCUUGCCUCUGUGCUCUGUAUUAGGAAUUGAAAACGCAAAAGACCCCAUAGGAAGUAGCAUGGUUAAGUUUCACAUCUAGUUAUGCUGUGGUUGGGCCUUUGAUGCAAUCAUGAAUGGGGAAAAGGAGGGUUGUUUAUGUCCUCUCUGAGAAAGGUGUACUCUUGAAGCAGACAGAGUCACCAGGUGGCAGCAGCAAUAAAAUAAAUAACCAGACUGCUGAUUUGCAGCUCUGAAAAAUACAGGUUGAACUUUGUCCCUGCGUACUUGCUUGGAUUAUUAUGGACAGGACUUAUAGCUCUACGCUUCCUCCCGACCCUAUGUUACCAACAACAGAAACCAACACAUCUUCCAUCAGUUUUGGUGUUCGCCAGUCCUGGUUAAAUGAGGCUCAAACAACUUUAAAUCCGCUCUGAGAAAUAGCUGGCCGUUGAUAACAGUGGCCAACAAUAAAAGACAAUAAAAAAAUCCCUACAGAAUAUUCUUUUGUUUUCUGUUUACUUGAACUUUAAAAUAGGUUUACAUCAACAGCUUGAUUUAACUGUAAUGUUUUAAGAUCUAAUAGGCCACAAGAAGGGAUGUAGUUCGAAUUCCCACGACGGGGUGAGCUCCCAUUGCUCGGUCCCAGGUCCUGCCAACCUAGCAGUUCGAAAGCACAAAGUGCAAGUAGAUAAAUAGUUAAUGCUCCAGCGGGAAGGUAAACGGCGUUUCCGUGUGCUGCUCUGGUUCGCCAGAAGCGGCUUAGUCAUGCUGGCCACAUGACCUGGAAGCUGUAUGCCGGCUCCCUUGGCCAGUAAAGCGAGAUGAGCACCGCAACCCCAGAGUCGUCCGCGACUGGACCUAACGGUCAGGGGUCCCUUUUUAGACCACAAGAUGUUGUGAACCUGAAGUUACUGCAUGUUGGCUCCGAAAGCCUCUCCCAGCCACCCAAUUCCACAAAUUUAAGGUCAAAAAUAGGAUGGUUGGAAGAACCUUUGCUAUAUACAAAUUUCUCUCUUUUCUAUCCUGCCUCUUCCUGGCUUCUCUGGUUCCCACAGUUGGAAUUAUGCAUGCCUUGGCUGCAAUAUGGAGCCUUUUAGAGAGCUUCUGAUACCCCAUGCUUUUCCUUCUGUGAUCACAUUUGCUUGUUUUGCACCUUUACAAAUGCAUUUUUUUCUUUUGUCUCUCUGAUAUUUGCAGUUUAGUCCCCUGUGCCUUGCACCAAUGCCUCUCAAGUCAUAGUGUAGUCAAGGCUGGUCAAGUUGCUGUCAUUAUUUAUUGGUUGAUAUACUGCUUAAAGCCUAAACUGGCUUUUAAGCAGUUCUCAAAACAGUUACAACUUUACCCAAAGAAUUCUGUGAACUGUAGGCAGAUGAGCUAGUAGGAAUGCUCUGUUAGCAAUCCCUCCCCUCAUGGAACUACAAUUCCCAGGGCACGGGGGAGGAGGGAAUGAGUUGGGUAACCAGUUUUAAGCCCGCAGUGUGAAAGUAUACAGUAGUAAGAUUUCCGUUCUUUUUCUCUUUCCUGGCAGGGCCACAGCUUCAAAACUCUUCCAACGUGCACUUCAUCGAGCGGCACAGGGAGGCGCUAAUCCAACGGACCACCUCAGUGGAACCAGUGCUGGAUAAAUUGUAUGGCUCCGUCCUCAGUGAUGAGCAAUACCAAAAAAUCACUGCCAAGGAAACUAACCCAGACAAGAUGCGAGAGCUCUACAGGCUUGUGCCAAGCUGGGACCUCAGGUGCAAGGAUAAGCUGUAUGAGGCACUGAAGGCCAAAAACCCACAUCUCGUGAAAGACCUGGAAGGGCAAUGA